UGAAUGAUAUUAACCUAAUACUAUGAAAAAUAUAAACCAAUAGGGUUGAAUUAGAGCAAUCCGUAGACAAAUACGUGUUUUCUGGGGUUUGUGAAUCUCUAAAUAUACAGGGACAGGACAAGAACUGAAGUGUUUGUUGUUUGUGGGCUACAUUUAUAUUUGACUGAUUUUAAAUUCUUUCAUUGAUAUUUUAUUUGUGUUUAAUCUUUCACACCUCGCUGUGGGAAGGUCUGAUGUGGCAGCAUGCAGAGAAUUGGAUGCGUUGUUUUUAAUAUCCGUGCUAUAUCAAUAUGCCCCAUUAAGAUUCUACCCCGGGAACUGAAAAUAUUUAUAACAUUAGGAACAUGUGUAUCCUUUUAGAAUUUGUUUUCUCUUGUUACUUGUAAUACCACAGCAUUGGAGAGAGCCGACACUGUUAAAUAUCUAGGGGUUUAUAUUGACACAACUCUUCAAUUUGAUAAACCCAUUAAAGAUGUAUGUAGUAAAAUUGGAAGGAAGCUUGGAGGAUUGUGUGGUCAGCGCCACUGUGUAAGCUUUACAGUAAGGUUUUAAUGAGUUACUUGUGUUCCCUAUUCUAGACUAUAAUGAUGUGAUGUGCGGGUCUGCUAGUGAGGAAUCGCUGAAGAAGAUCGAUACAAUGUGUAACAGGAUGUGUAUCUGUGUGCUCCCGUGUACUCCGCUAGCGCAUCACUGCAGCGCGUAUUCUACAUUAAACUUGCGAUCGCCUGCUAACAGAAGGAAUUAUCACUGGAAUCGGAUUCUCUUUAAAGGGGCACACAACACAUUACCAGUUUAUUUAAACAGCUUGUUUCUGAGUUUACCUGUAAAUACAGCCUAUCGUAAUGUCUGAGACACACAAUACUUUAAUAUAGCGUCUGGAAAAGGUGCUGCGGGAAGAAAGACUUUUUUUUUUAUAUCAUUUGUUUAAUUCCUAAUCUUAACAUUGUAAUAUUUGUUGGGGGAUUUAGAAACAGUUUCAUAGAAUAUCUGAUUCGGCAGUUUCUGCUCCCCCUGCUUGUCUAAACCUGGCCUCAGUCCCAAACCCCGCCUCUCAGAGCUUUACACAACUCCAGGAAAUCAGCGCAGUGAAGUUUCGUUUCUUGUGAAAUCGUCAGUCUCUCUGUCUCACUGCAGCAGAAAUGGCAGAAGCGAAUAUUCUGGUAGCGCAUGACCAGUUUAUCUGUACAGUGUGUCUGGAGCUAUUAAAGGACCCAGUCACUAUUCCAUGUGGACACAGUUACUGUAUGGGGUGUAUUAAGAACUGCUGGGAUCAGACUGAUCAUACAGGUGUCUACAGCUGCCCCCAGUGCAGAAAGACCUUUACCCCAAGGCCUGAUCUGGGCAGAAACACCAUGCUGGCUGAAGUUGUGGAGAAAUUAAAGAAGACAGGACUCAAUCUUCCUCCUGCUCAAAGUUAUGGUGGACCUGGAGAUGUGCCGUGUGAUUUCUGCACUGGGAGAAAGUUCAAAGCUGUGAAAUCCUGUUUGACGUGCCUGGCCUCUUACUGUGAAACACACGUCAAGCCGCACAGUGAAGUUACUCCAUUACAGAGGCACAAGCUGGUCAAUGCAAUUGGAAAUCUGGAGCAGAAGCUUUGUGCUGAACACCAACGAUUAUGUGAGGUCUUCUGUAGAACUGAUCAGACGUGUAUUUGCUGGCUGUGUGCAGACGAGGAACACAAGAGCCAUGAUACAGUCUCAGCUGAGAAGGAAAGGAGUGUGCAACAGAAGCAGCUGGGAGAGACACAGACAGAAAUACAACAGAGAAUCCAGGAGAGACUGAAAGAAAUUGAAGAGCUGAAACAGGCUGUGGAGUCACUGAAAAGAUCUGCAUGCAUAGAAAUAAAGGAAAGUGAGAAGAUCUUUACUGAGCUGAUCCGAUCCAUUGAAAAGAUCAACACUGAGGUUAUUGAGCUGAUUGGAGCUAACGAGAAGGCUGCAGUGAAUCAGGCUGAAGGACGCAUGAAGAAAUUGGAGCAGGAGAUUGCUGAGCUAAGGAGGAGAAACGUUGAGUUGAAACAGCUUUCAGAGACAGAGGAUCACAUCCAUUUUCUACAGAAUUUCCAGUCUCUCUGUGCCCCUCCUGAAGCUGGAGACUUACCCAGCGUUACUGUCAAUACAGACAUCUCUUUUGGGGCUGUGAGGAAAGCUGUAUCUGAACUUAAAGACCAUAUUGAGGACUUCUGCAAGGGGGAAUUAAUAACAAAAACAGUGAAUGAAGUUGCAGUUUACAGUCUGCAGGCUCCAGAGCCAAGGAACAGAGCUGAGUUUUUAAAAUAUUCCUGUCAGCUCACACUGGACACCAACACAGCGCAUAGAAACCUCUGUCUGUCUGAAGGGAACAGAAAGGUGACAUGGAGGAGAGAGACCCAGAGAUAUCCUGAUGAUCACCCAGAGAGAUUUGAGAGCCAGCCCCAAGUGCUUUGCAGAGAGGGAUUGUCUGGGACUCGCUGUUACUGGGAGAUUGAGUGCAGUGGGGGAAGGGCUUCUAUAGGAGUCACAUAUAAAGGAAUCAGCAGGAAAGGAGGGGAUCGUUCCUGUGGCCUUGGAUUCAAUGACAAGUCCUGGAGUUUGCUCUGCUCUGGUUCCAGUUACACUGCCCGGCACAAUAACAAUCAAACUGCAAUAACUGCCCCCCGCUCCCCCAGAAUAGGAGUGUAUCUGGACUUUAAUGCCGGCAUGCUGUCCUUUUAUGACGUCUCUGACACAAUGACCCUCCUGCACAGAUUCCAAACCACAUUCACUGAGCCGCUCUAUCCUGGGUUUAGGCUUUAUUGUUAUGAGUCCCCUGUAACAAUCUGCCAGCUGAAGUAGACUUUGUAUUGAACUCCCUGUCUGUCCUCUCCACUCCUCGGGUGAAGGGAAUGUUCAAUCUGACACAACUUUGGAUGAAAGUUAGGGGAUAAAACGGCGCCACCUGCAGAGCGAAACGAGGGUAAUUAUUUGUUUUUAGCAAUGAAUGGAUUUAAUUUCUAUUUUAAGAAUUGAUAUGUUUUAUACAUAUUUUAGAAAGUGGCAUCCAAUAGUCAGUGCUGUAACAGUUUUUAAAAAAGUGAACUUAAGUUUGUUUUAUUGUGUGUGUGUUUUUGUUUUUUGAUUUCCAUAAAAUGUUUAAUAUUUCAGAUUUUAGUAAUGUGAUUUAAUAAAAAAAAUUAACGUGA